AUGGCAGCAACUGGUGUAGCUUUUAGGUCUACGUUUCUGAGUCGGAGCUUGAGAACACCUACAGUACGAAGUUUGAUCUCUCCCAAAGGUAGAUUCACCGUUCCAAAUUCUAAUUGUACAUCUUCGCCUCGUAUCAAUAUUUCUUCUUCUCGUCAAGCUCGAUUGGAAGGCUGUGUUUCCAGGUUUCUACGGCGAGAACUCUCCUCUCAGCAACCAUUUCACUCCGCCAUUGCUUCCGCUUGCCUCGUUUCGAAACUCCCCUCUGAUGUCACCGCUUCCUAUGAAGGUAUCUGUUUCGAUUUUUGA